GGGUAGCAUGGAACAUCAAGAGCACCGUGCCUUCGGGAAGCCAGGCGGAAACUAUCAAUGCCAUCCUGAAGAUUUUCUCAGAGUGUCUGGCGGUGGAUGCUGGAGAGGCGGUCGUUCGGAUGAAGGAAGCCGAGACGGAAAGGUUGAAGGCUCCCGUUGAAGGAAACGGGGUGAACGGAGGAAGCGCCGCUCACGUAGAAGAGGAUAGAAUGGAAGAGGAAACUACAGGGAUCGCCCGAGGAGAGAAGGACCUGUUGGAUCUACUGCCACGCAGCCAGCAAGAGUUGAAGCAAGUGAGAGCGUUACUUCUGGCUCAACAAACUGCCCUGGAGAUCAUUGUCAACAUGUGCUGCAACGAAGAUGCUUCUGACGAAGAAUGGGAGGAGUUAUCGAGCAGCGAUGAGAGUGAUGCCUUUCUGGAUAACAGUUACGAAGAAGAGGGAAAGCUUCUUUCUCCGCUAUGCCUUUCAGCUGAAAUUCACACCGCCUUGGUCAACCAGUUGAUCCCAAAGAAGAUCCUGGAAAAAACUGCUUUCCCUAGUGCAGUUACUCUUGAGGUCUGUAUGAAGCAUCCGUCUUGGAAGCCUCUGAUGAAAAAAUGCGAAAAGAAGGCAGAGGACAGUAUAACACAGAACAACUGUGUGUUCUAGACAACGUGAAGCUGAAUUUAAGAAGAUUUAUUGCCUAUCAAGAGACACUGGACAGAAAGAAAAAAGCUUUGGAAUAGAAAUAGAAUGGAAAGUUCUAUUUUUGAUAUAGUUUAUCAACUGUUUUAACCAUAAAUUCUAUAGGACUUUGUAACAACAGCUAGUAGGAGAAAGGGGUUAUGGUCUGCUUUUCAUGUUAUGUGUCUUGAUUUGGGGGAGAGGGGAAGCAAAGAGGCAGAGAAAAGUGUGAAAAUGAAUUCAGUACCACAAAGGGUCAAAAUUUGUCCUUAAUGUGGUGGAAUGUUUUGAUUUGCCAUUCUUGGAAAAAGAAUGAGUAAAAAAUCAAAAAUAAAAUAUUAUAAUGGAAGGGUCCAUUUUCUUAAUGUGGACAAAAUAAUUUGAUUUCCUUGAUGAUAUAUUUCAGGCUUUCCUAUUUUAUUUUAUUUUAUUUUUAAGUAAAAGUCCAAUGUAAAAAAAAAACACAGGAUAAAACAUUGUUCCUGGGUGAUACCAGUUUUCUCAGUGCCCAAAUAUGGAGACUUUUUCUGCUUCUUUUUAAAAAUGUUUUCUUGAUAACAGCCAAGUUCACACAUUGCAUUUUUGCUAAUAUGCAUAAUAUAUGCAGAAGUAUUUCUUCAUAUUGUAUUUGAAAUCCUUUUAGCCAAAAGCUGUUUAAAAUGCAAAAUAACGUUUUCUACCAAAA